UGAUGAAGGGUCUGGAGGUCAAGGCAUAUGUGGAGCAGCUGAGAUCCCUGCGUUUGCUCAGCCCAGAGCAGUGGCUGAGGGAGGCUUUGUGGUGGCUGCACACAGGGAGCAGAAGGGCAGUGCUGAGUUCUGCUGUCUGUGACAGGGCCCAAGGGAAUGACAUGGAGCUGUGCUAUGGAGGGGCAGGUGGGUGUUAGGAACAGGGUCUGCACCUGAGGACAGUGGGCAUGUCUCCAAACCUGCAUGAGUUCAGGAAGCUUUUGGCCAGCACUCUCAGACAUAGGGUUUAGGUCCUGUCUGGAGGCAGGAAUUGGACUCUGAUCCUUCCAACUCAGGAUAUUCUGUGAUUCAUGCAACACUUUAUGAGAGUGUAAAGUUACUCUCUUGAUUUUGUUGGAGUUUCCUUGCCCAUGCAAUACUGGCAUAGCAUGUUUGCACAGAAUAUUUCUUGGGGUUUGCUUGGACGUAGGACAUCCAAGUUGAAGCUGCUGAAGGUAUGCAGUAACAUCCAAUUCCAAAUGUAUAGGCAAUGCUCAGAAUAUUCCUGCAGGAUAUUUCUAACUGAUAAAAAGAACAAAUAACCAAACUAAGUUAGCCUGAGCACACAGUAGCCAUAUUUAAACAUGUCUACAGCUUUUCCUUCUGCUGCAAUGCUUUUGUACUCCUUAGGCAGUUCUCUUUUAUCUGUAAAUCCUUUUUGUCAGAAGGAUGAGAGAGAUCCCACAGGGAAAGCAGUUGCCAGCCAGGAAUUCUCAGUGCAUCAUCAUCUGUCAGCUUUCCAGUCAGCUUUGUUCAACAAAGCACAUGUGGCUGUUGAGAGACAGCAUUGGUUCUGGUGUUUGACAGUGCUCAUUGUGGGCCAAGGUGCAAGCAGCAAGGCAGGUCAGACAAGUUUCACCCACACACUGUGCUGGGCCAGAGGAAUUAUUUGGUAAGAUGUGUACUACACAGGCCUGAUGUAGAGAUCUGGGGAGUGUCUGGCUUGUCUUGUAGAUGCUUCCUAACUCUGUAGGUGAUGAGUUAUUUUGAGGUUUAAAACUCUGAUAGGUGGUCUGGCAGAGUUAUCUGUUCAGAUUAAGACACUACCAUGCUCAUCUGCCUGCUUUACCCUGCUGCUAGUACUACCACACUUUGAUGGAAGAGCCUCCAGGUCACAAGCUGGCAUAUUAAACAAUUACCUCCUUUAAUUGUUGUGCUCUGCUAAAGCAAUCGUGACCUCAGGCAGCUGGGAGAAAGAACACCUUAAGACAAGGCUGAAAAAUAUACCAGAUCUUGUUGGUCAGAGCUUCUGGACGUGAGCUGUAAGCAGAGAGUCUUUGCCAGACCUGCCUCUCCCUGUGUCCCUGUGGGCUUGAGAACAGCCACUGCUGCCUUUGCUGGUGCCACAGAUUUUUGGUCACCCCAGAGUCCUGCUGCUCAUUUGAAUGGAAUAUGGUUAUUGCAGUCAUUUUGCUUAGGAAGGGGAAGGUAUGUACAAAGUACGUACAAAAUACGUACAGAGAAGCACAUAUAGGGUAUGUACAAAUAAAUUUUAAAUUUGGUGAUACAGGGCUAAGCAAAAAUUGAGGCCUGCUCAUUGGAAAGUGAAUUUCUGAAGAAAAUUCUCCUCGGGCUUUUCUAGUUUGCCAUUAUGAAAGUGGUUUAAGAUCCCACCAUGCUGUUCUUAGGUUUUAUUGUUUAUUCUGUUUCAUCAGAAACCCCAGAUAUACGUAAUAGAGGGCAGGUUGAAAUAUUUCACUAUAUGAAGAAUAAAUUGAUGCAACAGAGUAAAAUAUGAGAGCUUUUUUAAUACUAAUUUCAUUAAGAAAUUGUGUGAAUGUGCUAUUGCUGUCUUUGUUUGUCCAUCUGUUUGAUGCUGGAAAAAGGUUGGAAGCAGGAUUAAGAUCUCCUGCUUUGUUCAGCUGAGUAUGUCAAGUGGAAUUUUGUUACCAAAAUGCUGCCAGAGUCAGUCAGCCGUAGGACACAAGUCCAGCUGAAGUCAAGCCUCAGCAGUCCGGAUCUUUACACAAAUUCUUACCUGGCGGUUGAUUUAUUUGUUCAGCAAUGGAUUAAGCUUUAAACAAGUACAGGUGCUGGGGAUGUGCCCUGCCCACCUCCUACGGGUUUCCAGUAGGCAAUGUCAGUUUCGGUUCUGUCUUUGAGCCUUUGCAUUCCUGCUAUGAGAGACAUCUUGCAAGAGAAAUUAACAAGCACAGCUGGGAUAGAUGGUUUCUUGGGCAACGGCAGCUGAUCCUGUUGCAAUUACAUCUGAAUACCUUUAAAGUUAUGUUCGUUGAGAGAACUUAUACAUUUUUUAUCUUAAAGAUCAGGCAUCCUUGCUGGAAAAUGGAAGUUGGAGUGGUUUAGGAUGCAUUUGAUGAAGGUUUCAAAAGGAAACAAUUUUGAGCAUUUUGUUUCCUGCUUGGUAAGAUUUACCAUUUCCUGGGAGAAGUUAACCAAGUCCAUCAAUCUUCAGUGUUUAAUUUUGUUAAUGCAAUUUUGCUUUGAUUUUCUAUUUUUUAAUAAAUACAAUGUAACGGCUCAAAGAUGCAAAGUGAAUAAUAAUUUAAACAAAAUCGGAGCAUUUGAUUUCAAAACCGGCAAGUAUCAGCAGUACUUGCACUCUGCACAACCCAGGAUCACGGGUACUGCAACCUUCAUACGUACGGCGUGGUCGAGGAGCAUUUUUCCCAUGAAAUAUAUUCGGCGGCGGGGCUAGAGAAAGGCGCGGUGGCUGGAAUUCUAUCGAAGGGCGAAACGCUCUGCGUAGCAGCCCUUUUUCCUCCCUCGACACGUAAGCCUUUCUCAGCCCCGCGCAUUUAGCAGAAUUUGGGGUCCAGAGUCCAGCGCGGCGCGGCGCAGCCUGCGGAGAGGCGGCUGAAGAACAAUGGCUUCCUUCAGCAACCUGACUAUUGGUAUCGCUCUUGCCAGUUUUACCAUAUUCCAGCUCCUGUUCCAUGUUUUAAGCUCUUGGGUAUCCGCGCGGAUAACACCUGGUUUUAGCAAUCUCAGCCAAAAAAGGAAGAUUGAAUGGAAUUCAAGGACAGUGUCCACAUUCCAUGCCUUGGUGGUUGGUGGAUUUUGUCUGUAUAUUUUGUUGUACGAUGAAGCUGUUAAUGCUGACCAUCUCUGGGGUGACCCUUCAAUUGUGAAACUGAAUAUUGCUAUUACCACAGGCUACCUCAUUUCUGAUUUGUUGCUUAUUAUUUGCUACUGGAAGGCAAUUGGUGACAAAUUUUUUGUAAUACAUCACUUGGCAGCUCUGUAUGCUUAUUAUUUUGUACUGAGCAAAGGUCUGCUGGCUUAUUUUGGGAACUUCCGUCUGCUUGCAGAAUUCUCCACUCCUUUUGUCAAUCAGCGGUGGUUUUUUGAAGUACUGGGAUAUCCCAAAUCUUCAAAGGCUAACAUGAUCAAUGGUGUGCUGAUGACAGUUGUGUUCUUCGUGGUGAGGAUUGCCGUCAUGCCUAUGUAUUACAGCCGUGUACUUUCUUCGUUUGGAACUGAGGGUUUCCAGAGAUUAGGAUUUGCAGCCCAGAGUGCCUGGAUUAUCUCAAGUGUUGUCUUGGAUGUUAUGAACUUGAUGUGGAUGGUCAAAAUUACAAAAGGUUGCUACAAAGUUAUUUGUCUUGUUGGACAGGAGGAAGCCAAAACUCAUAAAAAUGGAAAAUCUGACUAGAGAUCAUACGCAUAAACAGAAAUUUCUGCUAUGAAAAUUAUUUGGGUUCACUGAACCAGUGCACAUUUCUGCCAUGGAAUGCUCCUCUUAAGGAAACAAGGUAUUACCUCUGUACUGACCUUACUCUUUCCCUAGCCACACUGCCUGCGCACCCAGGGCCACGCUUUAAGGAUCUUCUCCAAUGAGGAAUAGAAGCAAACGUUCACAGAAAUGAAUGCUACAUGUUCUGAGCACUUAACAAACUACUGACAUGAGGAAGGAGCAGACUGGUUACUUGGCUGUUGUCCACCAGUGUGUCUGAAGUGUUUCACUCAGGUUUCUCAGAUUAAUGUGUUUUAUAAAUCUAGUGAAUAUUGAUAUCUCUCUUUUAUAAAAACAUAAACAAAGCUCCCCAAACUCAUGAUAUGGUGCAAUUUUCCUGGCAAGUUUCUAUAUUUUCUUCUAGGAAUAACAAUCAAGAUUUCAUUCUUGAGGACUUUUUAAUUUUUGCAAGAGAUGCUAAAAGUCUAGCUCUGAUUCUGUGAAGUCUUUUACUGCUUUUUGUUCUGCCUUGUAGGAAUGCAAAGCAUUUGGGGAAAUUUAUGAAAUAAUUUUAUCUAAAAUGCUGUAUUAUAAGACCAUACGAGAUAUCUUAAGAAUGGUUAAAAUUCUCUGAUUUUUAUAGGGAGGAUUCAUUUCUGCUUUUUUAGAUUGCAUGCAAGAGCACAUCUACUAAAUCAGCCGUGGAAAUGAGUUCAUAAGUUAGUAUGGUAAAUUAUGUUUGGGAACAGCAUAAUUCUUACUGUAGUGCUUUUUUCCUUUGCUGCUACUGCCUUUGAGAAGUAUUGCAACUCUGCUCAGAGUUAACCAUUGACUUUUGGGAUAUGAAGCUUACUUAGAAAAAGAUAAAAUUAUUCUGUAUAUGUGCCAUGGAACUUACAAUGAGCCUUUUUUUUUUUUUUUUUAAUCACACAAGUGACCCAUUAGAUAUGAUUGCUGAUUUUUAUUGUCAUGUUUUCCUUGUUAAUCACAUCUGAGCUGUUGACUAAAGAACACUCUUGAAUUAACAGUGCCAAACUUCUUUCAACCUGUGACAUACAGUGACAGCUCACAUCUGUAGGCACAACAUUUUAUUUUCAGAACCACAUAUUUGUCAAUAGGCACUCUGUUCCUCCUUCUGCAGACUUAAAACUUGGAGGACAUUGGAGAGAAAUCUUAGUGUCUAGGAGGAAUGCUCUCAAUCCAAAUUGUAUUAUAAUUUAAGGAAUUUUAUUUUUUUUUAUGAUUUUGAGAGCAGUAUUUGUGUAUAGUUUUGGUUCUGUUUUGCUUACUUUUAAUCGUAUCUGAAUUGAGGUUGAUUAACUUCUGUUUCUUGUUUUUUUUUUUUUUUAAUUAUUAUUUUUGAACAUUGUGUUGUUAGUUAUACCUUCUAACAAAGUGUGCUAAAUGUACACAUUUUCACUUGGUACUUCAGUACACAUACCAAGUAUUGUAGCAGACUGUGUGUAAGAAAUUUAUUUUUAAACAAAGAGAGGAAUAUUUAUGGGCUAUUUUGUUUUCCUUUUUUCCUGUUCCCCUUAACAAAGCUGUGUGGAAUCAGCCCUCACCUCUGCAGUCCGCAGUGUCAGUGCACCAACGCUACGAUGCUUUUGAGCGAGAAACAGGGUUUGUUUCCCAGGAAUCAGAUGUCAGUGAGCCCCAGAGAGAACCCCAUGGACUUAUAGCCAAGGCAGCUGUGUUGAGUUCCCAGUUCCAGGGAUGUCAGAGAGUAUUGUUUGAUAUGCACAAUACUGGCUUUUAUCCGCUUGGUUUCACUGGGCAGACGUUUUCCAGUACUGUUUCCAAUCCUGCCCUCUUGAGGGAGAUGUCUAAGACUGCUUGUUCAGUUCUACAAUCACCUUCAAAUGAAGUGAAUUCAAACGUUUUGGAGAAUAUGCUUGAAAGUAGAAGUAUCCUUGUAUUUUAUUCAGGAAGUAGGAUGAAAAACUGGUAAGGAAGAUGAGUUGAAGCAGCUUUUAAGAUGAAAGCUUCUCAAAGUUCAUCUCAACUUCACAUUAAUCUUUGACAUCUCUGUAUCAUUUUGUUUUGCUUUAUUUUCAGUGUAGAGCAUUCACUAAAACAGUCGGUUUGCUUUACCUCUAGAUAGAUUUGUGCAUCAUAGGGGGGAAGUCAAGCUGUAAUAAGGUUGUUUUAUAAGUAGAUUGGAAAUGGAAAAACAAGCCUGCAGAGUACAUACUGGGCAACAACUCAAAAUAGAAGGGCAUUGAGGUAAUUCUUUAGAAGACGCAAUGUUUUGGAUUGCUGCAUGAAAUUAACGUAAUUAAAACAGCAUUUUACAAUGUAUUCAAUUUCAUUUUUGUAUUGUGAUAUUUCAGUGUAUUACUGUUCAGUUCUGAUGCAUCUACUAUGUGUGAGAAGGCAACUGUCUAAGGAAAAAGCAUUAUUAACACUUGUCUAUUUAGCGAGAACUGUAGUCAGCAGUUUGCAAAAUUAUAUUGUAUUGAAUACAUUAGGAUAGAGCACUCUUGCCUACCACUACAAGUUUAUAACAUAGCAAAUUAGAUGGCCUUGGCACCUAUUUUUUCAAUUACGCCUUCUUAAUUUAAAAAUGAUGUUGAAAUAUUGACAUCAUUUUACGUUUCAAGCUUGUCUCUUUGCUUUUUUUUAUGCAAGAAGUGCAUGAUUAGUAGGAUUUUCAUAAAUGUCAUCUCCAGAAUGUAAUAUUACUUUAAUAGUGACUUAAAACUUCUAUUUUGACACUUGCAUUGUAAAGCAGACAGUUGGUAUAUCGCCAGGUGACUUUGCUGUGGACGUAUUGAAUGGAUGGAAUUAGCUCAGUAAAAAUGCUCAAAAAUCACAUUUUAUUUUUUAUAUUCUUCAGUACUCCAUUACAUAAAAUUAGUGUGGUGAUCAUGAGAGUGUCUGUAUGUGCUGUAUUUAAGUAUGCCAGUUUCUCUAUGGUUUUACUUUGUCAUCAGGGAUGAAUAAAUACCGCUCUCAGAGCUACUAUAGGGGAAUGGCAGGUCAAGUUUUGCUUUUAUAAUUGAUUUGUGGAAGCAGUACUUGCAGAGGGGAAAAGUACUUCAAAUCCUCGUUUUCUUGGUGAGCGUUCCAGCGGAUUUCAGUGAAGUCAAGAGCCUUAUUGCUACAGAGAUGUUUAAUGGGUAUCUGUACACAUAGUGAUACAAACUUUAUCUCUGAAACCUACUCUACCUCUAUAAGUAAAUGCUCUUUUGAGUGAGCUCAGCACUUUCUUAAUUGCUUAAAAAUAGAAUCUACUGAAUAAUGAAAGUUAUUCUAUGAGCAGGAUAAAUGAGAGGAGCUGAUUGAUGUAUAUAAAUUCUUAUCAAUUCCAAAUUUUAUGUCAAAGUUUAUUAAAAAUAAAUUAAUUACAAUGUUUGGAAGGUAAUCGCUUUCAUCUUUACAUUGAAAAUUAUGCUGAAGCAUUAUUCAUACUGAAAAAUUAAUGUUAAUCUCUGAGUAAAAGCUUACUUACACAAGUGAGCAGAUACGUUCAAGCAUAUUUAAAGGAGGGAGGUGGAGGAGAUGCUGAGUACAACUGCUGCUGUGGCUGGGACAAUGGUAGAAUGACAAGCAGCAGAAAGGUUAUGUAUUCCUGUAUCUCUGUAAUGGUACAAAGUGAAACUAAAAUUUCUUUUCAAGCUGUGUAAAAAGGCUUCUAAGUUGUUGAUUUCUGUAUGAAGACGACUUGUGUGUGUUCAAGUAUAUGUACAUACAAGCUUUCUGUGAAAGGUCUUUUAGUAGAAAAGUUUGUGAAAUUGUUUUGUAAAGCUUCUGCUGAGCCAUUCAGGGGAAAAUAAAGGGCUGACUCAAAAUUACUCCAGCUGAAGGUCUAUUACAGUGUUCAGCAAUGGGGAAAGCCAUGUAGAGAGGAACUAGAAUUUUCAGAUGAGCAAUACAAAUGUAGAAGGCUGUGAGAAGUAUGUGUAGCCCUCUUUCCCAUUUAAUAAUAGCCUUCCAUAGAACUUCAUUAACCAGUUGCGAGGAACUUCACAAGGCAGGACUUGUUCCUGGUAAAGUGUCUCUACCCAUGGAAUGCAUUUGACAGCUGGAGAAAGAACAGUACUUUGCUGCUGAGGUCCUGGCACCAGUCAAAUGGAAAAAAAAUUAUUAAUAUUUACUAACUUUAACAUUCAUCCAAACCCUGGGUGAAAUCUCUUUGCUGGACAGGUGAAGGUCAUAUGAUUUUCUGAAAGCAACUUGAAAAGUCUUUUUAUGGAGGAAAGAAAGAAAGAUGUGCUGCUUGGGAUGUUUAGAACUCUGGGAUUAAGCAUCAGAUCAAUACUUUUAGGUGAUAACACUUAUGAUUUCUUAUCCAUUUAAAAUCUCUACUAGCUACCUCCUUCGGCAUUCUUGCUCUAUUUAUAAUAACCAAGCACUUUAUAGCUCAGUAAAGAAUGGAAGGUAGCUAUGAAGAAUAACUUGUAUUGUUUGGUAUAAGAAAUAUUUUGUCAAAAUUCCUUCUGAGAUCAGCUUCACGGUGGGGUGUCCUAAGAGGGCAUCUGAUAGCAAUGUACAUAAAUUUUUAAUCUACUUGUAAUAUAAAGGAAAUGUCUUUAAGAGAGUGGUUUAUGAGGAGUUCAGCAUGCCUCGGUAUCAACCAUAUAAUGAUGCAGUGUGCUAUUUAUAACUUCUUAGUCAUUGAAAUUGAAAACAUAAAAACAAAAUAUUCUGUAGUGUAUCUUUAUUUUUAAUCUGUGUGUGGGAUGUCAAAAACUGUACUUGUCUUGUGGAUGGCACAUGCCUUUAUGAGCCUAUAAAUAUUUAAGUAUAUGAGAAAAUGCACCCGAGUGGAACAUGUUGCAUGGAAAUUGUCUUCUAAGUUUAAAUAUUUUGUUAUUGAAAAAAUUCUGAUUGUUUAAAUGCAACAUUUAAAUAUCAACAGUAAGCUCCAAUACAGAGCGUAACACUUUGAAUGCAGUACAGGAGAUGUUGGUUUUGUUCAUUGUAACACUAUUCAAGUUUGACAAGAGAAAUCCAUUAUAUUAUAGGGAGAGGGGGGAAAAGGGCUAAUCCUGAGCUCUGGUAUAAUUUGCACACUUAAUACACUUACAUGCAAAUAUCCUGGAUUUGUUUCUAGCAUGCAUAAACCAGUGUUUAAUGUCUACAGAUACCUAUAUGGGGAGAAUGAUUUAACAUGUAAGCACAGUUAGACUGCUGCAAAAGCAAAUUACAAUCUGUUGGGAACAUGUGAGUUAUGAUUUAGGCAUAAGUAAUAGUCAGUAAUUUAAAAAUGUUCAUGUAAUCUUCAAGAGAGACUCAACAAAUAUGGUAUACCUCUGCUCUGAUACAGAGCAAGGGUGAAAACUGGAUGUUCUUCCAGGCUGAUUUCUGGAAAACCAUGACAAUCUGGUCUGCAGAGAAAAGAUUGAUACUGUCACGGAGUGUUAGGAUCAUAUUAUUAAAUUCAAAUAGUAAUGCGGCCUGAUUGUAGUAGCAAUCCUUAUCACUGCACAAGGACUUAAGAAUGCAAUAUAACAAUUCUGAAGAUUGGAUACAACAGUGAACAGGUGAAGUAAGGUGAAUGGUUAAAUACAAUGCAUUUAGAUUUUCCUUUUGCUAUAAAAUUCUGAAUUGUGUUUGCAUUUCAGUAUACUGUAGAGCAUUUUUGUAUUUGGUUUGAACAGUCUAGGAGCUUGCAUUAUAUUGGGUGAUUUUUUUUCUUUGGUAUAUGCAAUAAUGUCAAUGAGCAAUAAAUUGCAUGAUGUAUGCAAGGUAUUGUUACUUCAUAAUAAAAAGAACAGAGUUGCUUAUUUUGUGAAUUUUUCUUUCUUAUUGUGGUAAUAGCUUAUGUAUCUAUAAUAAUAAAUGUGUCAUGAAAGAAUGACUUGCUUUGGGUUAAGCUGAGAAACAGUUGGCUUGUACAGUACCUUGAAGUUGCUGCACCUUGCUUUAUGUGCAGGGGGAGGAAGGGGGUCUA